AUGCCCAGGUCGACAACAGUCUCGAAACCGAAGCGCGCGACCAAGACCUUCUCCGGAUGCUGGACUUGUCGCGAGCGCCAUGUCAAGUGCGACGAAGGCCGGCCCAGCUGCGCCCGAUGUUUGAAAGGCGGCUUUGUCUGCCACGGCUAUGGGAUCAAACUCGUCUGGAUCGACCCGGAAACACGCGGAUGGGAGCAAAAGAUCAGACGCGUGGUCAGCGCCCCGGUUCUGUACCACGACGACUCGGCCUUCAUCAAGGUCGAUGUCCAAGAUGCAUUGGACCGGCUGGAUCAGGGCGAGGCCUGCUCGAUCGGCCCGUUCUCCGUCUUUUCCGUGCACGAAGAAACAGACACGAGGGAGAGCAACUUCGAUGAACCACUGGAAUUCGACGACGUCGUGCUGUCCGACACUGAGUGCCUGUCGGGCAGUUCUGUCCACUCACUUGACCACGACCAUGGCGACGAGCAAGACGCCGGCGAAAUCGUCGUGUUGCCCUUCACGGCCGAGCCCAGCUCACCGGCCGAGUAUUGGUCACCAUCGAUAUCUCGCCACCUCGAUCUCUUGCCUCGACCAGCCGAACAGCGCCAACUCAUCCACCACUGGGUCACCUUUGUCUCGUGGCACUUGGUGCCCGUCGACCGCCCAGACAAUCCGUUUCGAAGCGUGUUCACGCCGAUGGCACUGGCAGGCCUCAACAGUCUCUCCUGCGAGUCGAAUGGCCAGAUCGCCCUGUUCCACUCGCUCUGCGCGACGUCAGCGUACAGUCGAGGGCAGCUUUCCAACGAUGCCAGGGCGUUGACGCUGGCGGGGAAACACUAUCACCUGGCCAUCUUGCACCUUCGACACAGCCUCGCGAACCUGACGAGCGACGACGCUGACGGGCAGCGCGACGCCAUCAUCGCCACCAUCACCAUGUUCUCAGUGAUGGACAUGAUUACCGGCCGCUCGUCGGAAUGGCGGACGCAUUUUCAGGGCGGGGCGUCGUUGCUGGCCACGAGCCAGGACCAACUCUGGAAACGGGACAAGAGCUCGUCCAUGAUCUACCAGAGCUACCUGGCGGUCGCGGCGCUGUGCAAUAUCGACCUGCCAUCCACCAUCGACGUCGCUUCGGACGCAUGUGAGGAUUACGUCCUCGACCGGUUUUUUGGCUUGACUCGACCGAUCCUGCAACACAUUGUGCGGGUGAAUGCGCUGCUGCGAGAUGCGUCGGCGCAGAACCUGCACCCGGCCUUACUGGACAAGCUGGAGAGCGAGCUCCGUGCACCCACGCCCGAGCAUCUCAACCUCGAGGGCCUCGACGACCCUCAGGCGCGAGAACUGGCUCGACACCAUGCCUAUGUCUUCUACUACGCCAGUCUCAUCCACUUCCAGCGAGCGGUGCGACAGACGGCCCCGGCUGCGCUACAGGAUCUCGUGGAGCGCGCGGUCGACCAUUUGGAGGAAAUUGAGCGGCUCGGUGCGGACACGGUCGGGUGCACACUCAUCUGGCCGCCGCUGGUCGUGGCCUGCGAGUGUGAGUGCCCCGAGCUGCGAGCCCGUGUGCUUGCAUGGUACCGACUGAAACGGCGGCAUGGUUUCAUGAACCUCGAAAUCUCCAAGGAUGUGGCACAGGAAGUCUGGCGGCGCAGGGACAGCGAGGUGAGCCAGGACGAUGUGCGCUGGCAGGACAUCUUGGCCGACAUGAAACUCGACAUUGUCCUUGCAUGA